AUGCUCAGCCUCAUCUCCAGGGCGCUCUCCUUCUUCUGGAGACGCGCAGAUGAGGAAGAUGAGAGCUGGGCGGCCUCAGGUGAUGAUGAAUUGAAAAUGGUAAAAGGAAUAGUGACAAGACUUUGCCAUGAUUAUGGGAUGAUAGAUGACGUUAUAGUCUUCACAAAGGAUGUUGUUACAAAAAAUGUGUCGCUGGCUGUUGGACAAGAAGUCACUGCCACUGUGGAAGAGGAUAAAACAUCGGGUGGCUUGAAGGCUGUCAGGGUAGAUACCAUCCAGGAUACAUGGAAAGACUCCAGUCUUACUUGUGAUGCCUUUGAAUCAAAUAUGAAACCAAUAUUUGGCAGCAUUACCUCUCUUUCUAAGGAUGGUGGCUAUAUUAAUCAGAAUACUUACUUUGCCAUGGCAGAUGUUUGUGCAGAUUUCAAACCUUGUGAAGGUGACUGGGUGCAAGCGAAAUAUUUUAUUAACUCAACCACAUGGAGCAGUGAAGCAGUCGAUGUAAGGCCUUUGAGAUACAAGCAAGUAGACAAGGUUCGCAUUUCCAGCGUCUGUGGAAGAUCUGGGACAGUAGAUGACAGCAUAUUUUUCACUUUGGAUUCGCUGAUACUUCCUGAUGGCUACUCACCUCGUAGACAUGAUCUAGUGAACACGAUUGUGGUGGAGAGCAGUCAGUCAUGUUAUAUUUGGAGAGCUCUCUGCUUGGUGCCAGUCAGCCAGGAUGGACAGUCUCACUCUAAUGGAGGUAUUAUGGAUGAGCCUUGUGAAGACUUAAUGAGUGACAAAGGAGACUUGAAAGUAUCAAGAAUGACUGACUUUGGAACUCUGAAGCAGGGGGAAUCUAAAAGAAUGAACAUUUGGAUAGAGAAUAAAGGGAGUGUACCACAGUCCUUAAUCAGCUGCAGAUUUGCUGGAUGGGUGAAAACCAAGCAAUUCAGUUUUCAGAUUCCUCAAAAAUGUGAGAACAGUCCAGAAGCAGAUCCGUCAUCUUUUCCAAUAAAUCAAGAAAACAUCUCAAAAGCUGCAGUUAAUUCAUCUAGUGACUGUGGAGGAACAGCAUAUGAGUCACUGAACAGUACAUCCAUUAUGAGGAAUGGAGUCAUUCCAGAAGGAAGUAAUUCUCAAGGUACAAAUUUAUCAAGGGCUGAAGAAAACAUUUCCUUGGUGAAAGAUGAAAAUCUGCAAAAUGGAGAAAAUGGGCAAAAAGAUACGGAGCAACCAGUAAAUCAUGGCAAUGUUACUGGAGAAAUUGUGAUACCACCAGGUGGAAAAACAUUCAUAGUGAUCAUUUGCACAGCUAUGAAUCCUGGGUACAGUAAAGAACUCCUGUUGCUUGGUUUUUCUGAUUUUACUUUGGGAUGUUACAUUGAAGCCACUGUAACAACCGAAGAAGAAUUACUUAUAGCACCUGUGGAACCAUUUUCUCCAAGACAGCCUAAAAUGAUUGCAGAACCUCAGCCAAGAAAGACAACAGUGGCUGGCCCUAAAUACAGAAGAAAUAACAGAAAGUGGUGUUCAAACUUUCUCCCACAUUAUACCAUACCGGAUGAGUUAAGAAAAUGUGUGGAGCAGAAGUUAGACAUACUGACCUUUCAGCCUCUCCUAGCAGAGCGUCUUAAUCUAGAUAAUUAUAAAGCAAACUUUACUACUCUCCUGUGGCUUGAAGACAUCCACGCAGAAAUGGAUAUAAAAGAUUUCGCCAUUAGUGGGGUUACUUUGAAAAGGAAUGGUGACUUGUUAGUGUUGGAAGUGCCAGGAGUGGAAGAGGGCAGACCUCGCCUGAUUCCAGGUGAUAAGGUGGUACUGAGAAGUCAGGUGUACUCAGAGCAUAUAAUAGAGUACACUGCCUAUAUUACUGAGAUAUGUAAUGAAGAUGUUACUCUUAAAACUAAUGCAGACUUUGAACAGACGUACAACUUGGAACCUUUGGAUGUGGAAUUUGUUCAUUGCAGGAUUACUAGCAGGCGCUGCCACUUUGCAAUUCAGCAAGCUGCUGCCCUGGGUGAAAAAGUGUUAUUUCCGGAAAGGCUUGUUUUACAAUCACCACAAGCUGUCAAGACUCAGAGUACUACUGAGUAUUGUGUUGUUGAUGAUGGCCUUGAACAGUCUUCACAGCAGGAAAGUAAGGUCAAAAAAACACAGAACAGACAGGCAAAAGUUGAUGAAACUGUGGCCCAUAAACAGAGAGCUGGUGAAUUUUUCAAUCCUAUGCUGAAUGAGCAACAGAAACUGGCAGUGAAAAGGAUACUGAGUGGUGAAUGUCGCCCCACACCUUACCUUCUCUUUGGACCACCAGGAACUGGAAAAACAGUAACAAUAAUUGAAGCCAUUUUACAGAUACAUUAUACUCUGCCAGACAGUCGGAUCUUGGUGUGUGCACCAUCAAAUGCUGCAACGGAUCUGAUCUGCUUGCGGCUACAUCAGAGCAAUCUCUUAAAAGCAGGAGCUAUGGUCCGGGUUAAUGCUGCCUGCAGGGUAGCAGAGCAAAUUGAUGAAAUGGCGAAGCCUUACUGCAAAGAUGGUGAUGACAUUCAGAAAGCAUUGUGGUCCAGGAUAGUAAUUACAACAUGCAGCAGUGCAGGAUUGUUCUAUCAAACAGGAAUACGAUUUGGACACUUCACUCAUGUGAUUCUGGAUGAAGCAGGACAAGCAAGUGAACCAGAGAGCCUGAUUCCUAUUGGGUUGAUUUCAGAAGCUGAUGGACAGGUAGUUCUUGUUGGAGAUCCAAAGCAGUUAGGGCCAGUAAUAAAAUCUAAACUUGCAGUGAAUUUUGGAUUAAAUGUGUCCUUGCUGGAAAGGCUGAUAUCAAGAGAGCUAUAUCUGAGAGAUGAGGAUGCUUUUGGUGCCUGUGGAGCAUAUAAUCCUUUGCUGAUCACAAAACUCAUAAAGAACUACAGGUCACAUUCUGCAUUGCUUGCCUUGCCAUCCAAAUUGUUUUAUCACAAGGAGUUAGAAGUUUGUGCAGAUGCUUCAGUAGUAACUUCUUUGUUGAACUGGGGGAAAUUGCCCAGGAAGGGAUUCCCAUUAAUUUUUCAUGGAAUAAGGGGCAGUGAAGCACGUGAAGGUCACAGUCCUUCAUGGUUUAAUCCAGCUGAAGCAGUUCAAGUAAUGAAAUACUGUUGCCACCUUGCUAAAAAUGACAAUGCUGCAGUGUCAGAGACUGAUAUUGGAGUGAUUACACCAUAUCGUAAACAGGCAGAAAAAAUUAAACUUCUUCUCAGAAGUAUUGAUUUGGCAGGCAUUAAAGUUGGCUCAGUAGAAGAGUUUCAAGGGCAGGAGCAGACAGUUAUCAUCUUGUCAACCGUGCGCUCCCAGGAAUGCUUUUUUGAUGAUGAAAAAUACCAUUUGGGCUUUCUCUCUAACCCAAAGAGAUUUAAUGUAGCAAUUACUAGAGCAAAAGCUUUGCUGAUUGUCGUGGGAAAUCCUCAUGUUCUUGUGAAAGAUCCUUGUUUUUAUGCACUGUUAGAAUACAGUUUAACAAAUAGGGUUUAUGUAGGCUGUGACCUGCCCUCAGAGCUGGAAUGCCUGCAGAACAAAAUACAUCAGUUACAAGACACUACAGAUACAUUGCAGCACGGUGCAGAGCUGGAAAUCCUUCAGCUUCUGCCAGCAGAAAAUAUUACAUGA